AUGUUUUCCGCGCUUAUGGAUGUGUUUGACUCUUUUGAAGGGGUUUUAUUAGGUUUGGGUCACCCAUUGCUCGACAUCAUAGCUGAUGUUGACAACAAGUUUCUUGAAAAAUAUCAACUAAAACCCGACGAUAGUAUCCGAGCCAAUGAAUUGCACCGACAGUUAUAUGAAGAGUUGACUUCAAAAUACCGGUGUCAAUACAUAGCGGGAGGAUCAGUACAAAAUAGCCUACGAACGGUUCAAUGGAUGCUAAAUAAGCCUAAAUGCAUGACAUUUAUGGGUGCUAUCGGUGACGACCAUUUUGGACGUGUAUUAUCUGCAAAAAUUAGUGAACAGGGGGUUAAUUUUAUAAGCUUGUUGGACAAAACUACUGGAACCGGGACCAGUGCUUGUUUGAUUAGUGAUGCGGGCAAAUGUCGAUCAUUGAUUGCAUAUCUGGGUGCCUCUCAAAACAUACGAAUUGAUCACUUAUUAAACAAUUAUCAAUAUAUAGAAAUGGCUAAAGUUUUUUAUACUUCAGGUUAUCAUUUAGCUAUUGAUCCGGAAUCGGUUACGCAUUUGGCCAAACACGCUAACAAUCACACGGGAAAGUUAUUUUGUCUAAACCUGUCUGCACCAUAUGUAAGCCAAAUGGUUCCCAAAUCAUUAUUAGAUGUCUUUCCUUAUGUCGAUAUUCUCUUUGGUAAUGAAGCUGAAGCACAAGCAUUUGCUCAUCUCAAUGGAUGGCAGACGACAAAUGUGUCAGAAAUUGCUAAAUUGACUGCAAAUAUGCCAUCAAAUCGCAGUGAUGGUCGCACAGUGAUCUAUACACAGGGAAAUCGCUGUGUUUUAGUGGCCAAAACCGACUGCACUCAUGUCAUUGAGUUUCCGGUACCGGUAUUGGAUGAAAGCAAAAUAAUAGAUACAAUAGGAGCGGGCGAUGCUUUCGUAGGCGGAUUUUUCACUCAAUUGGUUCAAAACAAACAGAUAGAUGUAUGUGUCAAAAGUGGCAUUUAUGCGGCACAACAGGUCAUUCAACAGAUUGGUUGUCAAUUUCCAAGAGAUAUGCGUUUUAAUUGUUAACUUAUAUAUAUUUUUAUA